CAAAGCGAAACGCGCUGUCAAAGAAUCAAGAACUCGCUACUUCUCAAGGCGUGUGAAAAACCGCUGAAAACCUUUUUCUGUGUAACAGAGCAGCGACGUAGAGUAAAGAUAAACCGGUGCGAUGGACGUAAGGUGUCACGACGAUGACGACGUUGUCAAGGCGGCCAAGGAUUGGGCACUUGUCAAUGGGCUCGUCGCGCGGACAAGUAAUAAAUUGGAAGAAUGUCCAACCGAUCGCGUGGAAUUUGUCCCUUUCACCCUGUAUCCAACGGAAUUCCCUCGUUCGGCUUACGAGUCAGUGGUUUCAAUUCAGCCUCUGGUGAACCAACUGAUGUUGAAAGUGUCUCGCGACGGUGACUUUCUGAAAGAGACUCUGUCCGAAGCCGGUAAAGUCGACGACUUUACAGGACGACUACUAGAGCUUCACGAUAUUGUACAGAGAGAAGGGUGUGUUCAAAACGUCGAGCUCGGUUUGUUCAGAGCUGAUUAUAUGCUAGACGUGAACAGGUGCGAUGCAGGUGGUCAUGAAGCGAAGAGCUGCAAACAGGUCGAGGUAAACACUAUAGCAAGUGGUCAAGGAUGGAUCGGUACGGCUUGUUCCAGACUACACCGUUAUGUUCUAGAGGAGGCGAAUUUACUAGAACGCAUAGCCGAUUUGCCGGUUAAUAAUCCGCUUGAAGGGCUUUGUCGAGGAAUGCUCGACGCUUGGAAGAUGUACAACAACCCCAGUGCGGCGAUUCUCUUCGUCGUCGAGGACAAGCCUCGCCACAUCGGUGACCAGCGUCAGCACGAGUACGAGCUACGACGUCAACUCGGCCAUCGGAUAUCAGUCCUACGUCGUAGUCUGGGUCAGUUAUCUCUGUGCGCUUCUCUUUCGGAUGAACGCCACCUCCUGGUGGACGGUAAGGAGGUGGCUUUGGUGUAUUUGCGCAGCGGAUACUCGCCUAGUCAGUACCCGAGCGAAGCUGAGUGGAAUGCGAGGUUGACACUCGAGAGAUCAAGGGCAAUAAAGUGCCCGAAUGUCGGGAUGCACUUAGCAGGCUGUAAGAAGGUGCAGGUGAAGCUAGCGAUGAACGGAGUUCUGGAGAAGUUCCUGGAAGACGAGAUGGACUGUCGGAGGAUGAAGAAUUUCUUCACAGGUCUUUACUUCUUGGACUCUGACUCCGAAUCCAUCAUCUCGAAGGCUCUCAGCCACCCUGACGACUUCGUCCUGAAACCACAGCGCGAAGGCGGCGCCAACAACUUCUUCGGCGAAGACCUCAGGUCUAAGCUUGAGUCGAUUCGUCACAGCGACGAGCGAAAUGCGUGGAUCCUCAUGGACAAAAUCAGACCCGUCGUCACAAGUAAUCAGUUGAUCAGGCCCGAUGUGGCGGACAACAGACCCGUGGACGUCACGUCAGAAUUGGGGAUCUUCGGUGUGGUGCUGAGCAACGGAGAAAAGAUCUUGAGGAAUUUGGCCGUGGGUCACACGCUUAGGACUAAGCUGGCCAAGAGCAACGAAGGAGGUGUUUCCAGCGGGUUCGGUGCUUGUGACAGUCCGCUUCUGGUUGGAGAUAGCAAAGCUGUUUUAUAAAUAAAGACUUUUAAUUUUAAAUGUCAUGAAGUUUUUAGUUACAUACUGUUUAGUUAUAAGUUUAUACCUCGUAAAAUAAUCUUCGAUAAAAAAAACUCAUAUAUCUAUAAUACGAAUUCACUUUUACCUUUACGCGGAUAUACAUACGACUAUACGAGCUACUUUUAGACUAAGUACUUAUCAUUAUGGCACAACCCAAUCAGUGUGUGUGUGUGUGUGUGUGUGUGUGUGUUUGUGCAGUGACGUCGGUGCCACAGCAGCCUUUGUCUUUAUCUAUCUUUUUUUGCAUACUUAUACUUCUACAAGUUCUAACGCUCGCACGUUGACAUAUUCACCACCCACGCACUACUAUCAACAGUCAUCAGGUUUGUCUGCCACUAGCUCGCGCAGUCCGCACUGCUAUGCUACUGCAUUUCGUUUAUAUACUUUUACGUUGCUGCAAAAGAAAAAACCCUAUACUAAUACUUAUACAUCUGAAAUCUCAUUUGAAUUUUAAUGUUGGCAUUGUCUUCGAAUACCUCCACAUAGAUGUGGCAUCAUUGGAUCAUAUAUACAAAUACAAUGGGUUAAUUUUUCUUAGAACGAUCGCGUAUCACGUCGGAACUUGUUUUCUUUUCUUUGCUUAUUACAGUGUUGACUGCCUGACCGGUCGGUUGCAUUCUCGAGCAUUGUUUAUUAUACUAUUUAGAUUAUUGGAUACGCAUCAAUAUCAGCUUUUAUUAUUUUUAAAUAACCGUGUGUUUUUUUCGAAGCUUGAGUGUAUGUAUAUGUAUAUGGCCGUUUUAUAUCUUUUCUUUGUAAAAAAAAUACUUAUACAUCAGUUAUGACACUACAUUUUACUACAAUUAAAAUAAGUAGUAAUAGACAGAACAGAUAGUUUGUGAACAGAUAAUUGUUAAUCAAAAUUUUAUAGUAUAGCAUAUAUACAAUAUGUUUAGUCUACCGACUCCCAUUGAUUUUUAUAACUUGAACUACCUAAACAAAGAUAAUGAUUUACUGUUUGAAAAACAUGCUAUAUCAUAUUGUCUAGAACAAUUUGAUGACUUAGGACUUGAAGCAGAAGCAUGCAGAGAAAAAAGAAUGUCCAUGAUUCCAUUAGAUACAGAGAGAAAGGAAAUGAACUUUAUAACAUCAGUAAAUUGCAUAGUAAAAUAGUACACGAAGAAAUAUAAACUUUACACUCAAAGUAUCGCACUUGCUCCUAAUAAUACUAAAGAAUUAGCAAUGGGAUAUGGCAACAGGUCUGCAAUUUUUUUUGAUUUAUGCAAGUAUGAAGAUUGCAUAAGUGAUUGUGAUAGAGGAAUAAGCACAAUUUCAUCUGACUUUUAAAAGCCAAGCUCAGAUUUAGGAAAAUUGAAUCUCUGCCAGCUAUGGAAGAUGACAGAUUAAAAGCGAAAUGUGAAGAAGUUUUGAUAUUUUUACAACAAUCAUUACUAAAUGACAAAAUGAAAAAGGAAUUUAUAAAAAAAAAAAUAAAGGAUAUCCUGGAUUCUGAUGUGAAAAUGGAAUUAAAAUCAACAAAUAAAACAAUUAUAAAUACUUCUAUAGAGCUCCCUGUUUUUGAACAUCAAAUGGAAUGCCCUUGUGCUUCUACAUCUGCUGUGAUAAAUUAUAACAAAAAAUGGGGUAGACACAUAACAGUUACUCAAGAUAUUGAGCCAGGUGAAAUCAUUGCUGUGAACACUGUAUUUAUGAUGUUUAUUGUUCAGAAGAAUGCAAGUUAGAAGCAUGGAAUAAGUAUCAUCAGUAUGAGUGUAAUGUAUUUACAUAUCUUUGGGAUAUUGAUAAAGAUCAAAAGUCAUCUUUAGUUUGCUUAAGAUUCAUGCUCAUUUCUGUACAUGAGGCUGGUGGUAUAAGUCAAUUUAGAAAUUAAUUUUUCAGUAUUAUAAAUAAUAAAGAUCUUCGAACAAAAGGCUUUUCUGCAGAUGGAAUUUUUGACAACAGCAAACUAAGAAGUGCAAACAGUCUUCAAAAUUAUCGAAGUCAAACAGAUGCAGGCAUUGUAUCACUUAUGGCUAAGAAUGCUAGCGAUGCUGUAUACUACUUAACAACUGAAACAAAUUUUUUUGGAACAAAACUAAGUAAAUCACAAAUUUCAACGACGUUUGAAAAUGAGGAUAUGGUAUUCAUAGGUGCAAUCAUCUUACGAAAUUUAUGUGUGCUGCCUUACAAUGCUUUUACUCUUGAUGGAUAUCAUUCAGAUUACGAGAAUGAUAACAAAUGUGGACUCUCUGUCCAUCCAUUUUGUAGUUUUUUCAAUCACAGUUGUGAUCCAAAUGCAAAAUAUUUCACUUCAAAAAAACAAUGAAUUGGUAGUCUAUGCUAAACAUCCUAUUAAGAAGGGUUCACAGGUAUUUGUCGCUUAUUGUGAUGAAUACAAUAACGUAAAAAAGAGAGACAUUGUGAUGAAUACAAUAAUCUAAAAAAGAGAGACAGGAUUGUUUGUUUUCUGAAUAUAAAUUCAGAUGUCAGUGCAUAGCUUGUGAAAAAAAUUGGACAUCCAGACAUUUGAAAUCUUAUUGGGUAAUACUAAAAGACAAGCCUGAAUUGGCAAAAAAUAUGGCAAUGUUAAUACAAAAUUGAUUAUCAUUAAAACUAUCAUUAAAAGAAAAGAUCCAGAAGCAAACAUUCUUAUGUAUGAUAAUGAUACUGCAAAAGAUCUUAUAAACAUCCUUAAAACAUUAGCCGAAAAAGUCACGGUUUAUAGUAUCAAAUAUUUUUUUUUGCAGAGUACCUGCAUAAAAUGCAAAUGAAAACGUUUGGAAAUUGGCUUGUUGAAUUUCCAAAAAAAUGUUGAUUAAAGCCUAUUGUCAAAACUAUUUUUAUUGAAUUUAAAUGUGCUAAUUAUUUUUUUUUUCAUUUGCCACUAUAAUUACGCUGUCUGAGUAUUUGUUACAAAUAACUGCAUGUCUGCAUAUACUUUUACCAAUUUUUUCAACCAGAAUCAUUGUUUUCUUUCAUAAUAUUUUUUAUUAAAUAAGUUUGGACAAUAAUCUAAACUUUUUUUGAAUAAAAAAAAAUAGUUGCUAAAAAUUAUUUACAUAAUCUUCAGUGUAUGAUAUUAUAAAAUAAAAGUAUAUCAAAAUUGAAAUAAAGUUAUGAAACCCGAAUUAUUAGAUAACUAUGGGAAAAAAAAUAAAAAAAAAAUUUUCUUUAUAUUCUAAACAUUGAGUAUUAAUGCCCAGCUUUUGAGAAUACAAGACCUAACUUUGAUUUUAAACUAAAUGUAGAUAACGCCAUUUCAAACUCGGACUAUAUCUAAUUCGCCUUAGUAUUAUCAUAACAAAGGAUUAAGUACAUUUUGUAACGACUUUUCACUCGCCAGUGAUCGUCCAAUAUAAGUGCGAGCACGAACAUACUUUAAUACUUUGUAAGAAGCACGAUCGUUAUACUCACCGUGCGGUAUUCAACUGUUGUGUGGAAAAUAAAAUUCGCAAUAAAAAAAGACUGUUUAAAACUGGAUAAGUAUAGAUACUUGACAAAGCGUACAAUAAUAUCGACGUAGUAAUAAAAUAAAUCAAGCUGAAAAACAG